AUGGCCCUGGAGGAGCAGGCCGAUCCCUGUCAGCAGCUGAUUCAGACCCACACUUACGCAUUCGGCAAGCAGCUGGCUCCCCUCCUCCUUGAAGAGGUGGCUGCUCGGGUAGCAGUGCUUGAGGAGAGCGAGCAGGGGAAGCUGGUGCAGCAGCUGGGGAUUGUGGACAUGUUCAGGGAUGUCUUUGAGACAGUGCUGAGCCGAUUGGGAACUUCACACGAGGAGCCAUUCUCCCAACAAGUGCAGCCACAGUACCAGUUGGUAUUCGAUCAUACAUGCCAGGCUCUGGGCUGCACCGAGCCGAACUGCUUCCUUUGCGAGGCCAACCCCAGACGUCGUUGCACCAGCGUAUUUGAUCGCAAGUAUUUCAAGGGCGACAUACUGAAGGGCAAGUGUGGCGCCCCGAUAACCGUGGAGCUCAGGGACAUGGAGGGAAAGAGGGUGCCAUACGAGGGGGGCAUGAUGGGUGUCAUCGUGGAGAUGUGCAUCUUGGAUGGGAACAAAUACGACCAGCUGUUCCCUGAUGGUGCUGCCCACUGCGAUGCAGAUGGGCUGAACGAGUGCUGCUUGCUGAUGGGGAAUGAGGGCCGCCCACUGUUGACCUCCUACGACCGCACUGCGAACCGAUCCGACGGGAAAGUGGUGGUCCAACUACAGGGCGGCGCCGCGCUCCUGCCGGACAUCAACGUGACCUACAGCAGCGAGGCGCUGCUCUCCGGCCGGCGGCCUCCCUUCCGCCUCAUGGUCAAGAUCUCCUCGCCCGGUUCCCUGCCGGGCCAUAUGGUCCUGCCCGCCGUCUCCGAGGGCUUCGUGGUGGCCUCGGGCCGGUCGCGCCUCAGCCAGAAGAAGUGCAUCCCCUCCGUGGACGACCCCGUUGCCCGCCUGGAGCACAUGGGCAAGGAGCGGGUGAAAAAGCUGCGCGACCUGGUGGCCACGGCGCGCCAGAUGGGCGUGGACCUGCCCCGCGACAUGCCGCACGAGGUCAGCAAGGUGGGCCACUUCCGGGGGCUGGCGCUCGAGGCCGACAAGGACGGGCAGCUGCGGCAGAAGAUGCUACACAUUCUGAAGAUGUCGGAGAAGGCGUGGGAUGAGACGCGCGACCACGCGCUGCUGGCGGUGACCAACGACACGCGGAUGCGGGCGUGGUACCAGGAGAGUAGCGGCGAGGGGCUGGUGUACACAUGCUACCUGGGCGACACAGACCUGGAGCGCCCAGUGGCGCUCAUCCAGUCCGGCAAGGUGGUCCUCAAGGACCGCCAGACACCGCUGCAGCGGGAGCUGGUGCGCGACCUGCAGCAGAAGGCGCGCAAGGCCUGGUGGGACGCCGGCCACCCUGGGUGGAUGUUCUAUCCGUACGACUCGGAGGACUUUGCCGAAAACCCACAGCACCUGCCGCCGCCCUCCGCCCCCAGACCGCGGCGGGGCGGCCGACAGAUGGAGGUGGACGUCGGUGACUUGGGGCCCCCACGGCGGAACUCCGCGGGCUCGCUGUCGCUGACGGGGGGCGGGGUGUCGAUGGGCCUGUCGCUGAACGGCUCCCUGGGCUACCUGCCUUCGAUCCCGUCACUGGGCACCGGGCCGGAGAACCUAUCCGUCUGCGAAUCGCUGGCCGACCGGCAGCACUCUUUCAACUCGUACGACAACGACGAGGCGCGGGCCCGCGGCAAGAAGCGCCAGCGGCUGGAGGACGACUCGGCGCGCCGGAUGGACUGGAGCUCCGACGCCAAGAUGGUGGCGGUCACGCAGGGGCUGAGCAUGAGCCCCUCGGGCGCCAGGCACGCCGAACCCCGGGGCGCCUCCACGCGGGACUCCGCGGGAUCGGCGGGGUCGGGGCCCAGGAUAAUUUCCCCGUUCGAAAACCCGGGACAGCAGAGGGUGAUCUUUUCCAUGUGCCACCAGCCCCCGCCCCAGCCGAUCCAGCCCGAGCCACCGCUGGAGUCGCCCUUCAGCGACAUCAGCACGCCCAAGCCCCCCAUCGUUGGCAAGCAGGCCGUCGUGUGCAUGGGCCGCAAGAACCAGCACGUCCUGCCGCCAGAGUACGAGAGGUCGGCGCCACCGGCCAGCGUCGUGGCGCAGACCAGCGCGCUGGUGCGCGGCGUCAUGAACCGCGGCGGCCGGGGGGGCUCGCCCGCGUCCGCCGCCAGGUCGAAUUCCUUCAGCAUCAACGCGCACAGGAACCACCUUGCAUCUAACGAGUCGGGCAGCGUGGGGGCAAGGAGCCGGCCCGCGGAGGAGGGCGGCACGGAUGGCAAGAAGCGCCUGAAUGGGGGACCCAUCCAUAUCAGCACUGCGGGCAUCUAUCCCAAUGGUGGGGGGGUGCAUGUCAGCAGCGGUGGCAUGCACCUGAGCAGCGGCGGUGGCGGGGGGUAUUCGGGAAGGAAGUGGAAUCACCAGUUUAGUUUGGGCAGUGUGGACACCCUAGACACCAACGCCAAGUCUGCGAUCCAGCAGUUCGAUCUGGCGAGGCGGCUGGAGGAUGGGACCAUGUCCAUCGUGCCCAUGCCGUCCUCUGGGGGUGGCAGGAGCAUCGAAGGCACCAGGAUCGUGGUGCCGCACAUGGAGGGCGGCAGUGAGGGGAUGCUCAGGGUGGCCAAGGCGGCGAGGACCCCCGAGGCCGUGAGUGCCAGGGAUGGCGGUGCACGGAGUUCUGACGGCCAGGGGAGGAGCACAGGCAACGCCAACAGCACGGAGGAGAAUGGCGGCCAGGCCGAGGGUGACUAUGGCUCCACCAGCAACUCGCAGAGCCAGUACAUCGUGCUGGGGAACGCGAACGGGGGCCAGCAGGAUUUCUCCUUCCCAGGGCUGGUCCUGCUGCCCAUCAACAUGACACAGCAAGUCAGCAGUUCUGCAAACAACAACUCUGUGGAGGAGGGUGUGAUGGAAGCAGAGAGGAACAAUUGA